AUGCUACUAGACGACGUUCCAUUUAGCGCCCUUCCCCACGCCGCAGAGGAAACGCAAAAACUCGGAGCGGCACAAAAAGAAACACUGACUCGCCUCACGGCUUUGCGGGGUGACUUGGAGGAGCUCGUGCAGCGAUCCGCCGCGCUCUACGCGGAGUGCGAACACUUAGCGCCGCAACGUGUUAUCAAAGCCGUUGGCUCCGAACUUGCCCGAUUGCAGGCACGUAUAGAAAACUGUCAGCGCCGCGCAAACACAUUAGGAAAAAAAGGGGGGGCAAAUUCAUCAAGAUAUCAAACAAAAGACGAGUUUCCAUAA